AUGCCGCCAUUGGAGGAAGCGUUAUUGGUGCCUUCAAGCCCAGGUAGAUUCAAGAUCUACCGUCCCCAGAGUCACAUCAUGAAUCGAGCGUUUCAUCGCUGUUUCGCCUCCACCACCAUGGUGUUACUUUGGGCUCUGAUUUUGAUUGCAUUCACCGCCUCGUAUUUGACCUUCGUCGAUACAGGUAACCGCUACCUCCACCACUCUUCCUUCUGGGAUCACGGCGGCAUUGGUGGAAUUCAAUGGGAGAAAAAAGUCCGUUCUUCUGCUCAGAUCCUUCGUGCUGACGGUAUCUCUGUACUUGUCACCGGAGCAGCAGGCUUCAUCGGAACACAUGUCGCCCUAGCUUUGAAAACCCGUGGAGACGGCGUCGUUGGGGUUGAUAACUUCGACAACUACUACGGUCCGUCGUUGAAAAGAACACGACGGGCGUUGCUCGAAGCUCACGGCGUUUUUAUCGUCGACGGCGAUAUCAACGACCAGCGCCUUUUAGCCAAGCUCUUUGAUACCGUAGCAUUUACGCACGUUAUGCACUUGGCUGCGCAGGUAGGCGUACGAUACGGCGUCGAUAACCCGUACUCUUACGUCCAUAGCAACGUCGCCGGUCUCGUGACGCUUCUAGAACAAUGCAAAUGCGCCGGCCGGCAGCCCGCCGUCGUAUGGGCCAGCUCCGGUUCCGUUUAUGGGGUAAACAACAAGGCACCCUUUUCCGAAUCGGAUCCAGCCAACCCACCCGCUUCUCUCUACGCCUCCACCAAGAAAACCGGCGAAGAGAUCACCCACACAUACAACCGUCUUUACGGGUUAUCAAUAACCGGGUUGAGAUUCUUCACGGUUUAUGGACCGUGGGGAAGACCCGACAUGGUGUAUUUCUCCUUCACCCGAAAUAUUUCAGAGGGAACACCGAUAACAGUGUACCGGGUGAAGGAUCGGGUCGACUUGGCCCGAGACUUCAUCUACAUUGACGACGUUGUGAAGGGGUGUGUUGCGUCACUGGAUACAUCGGGUAAAAGUACCGGGUCGGGUGGAAAGAAAAAAGGAAGUGCUCCUUAUCGGAUUUUUAAUUUGGGUAACAGUAUUUCGUCGCCGGUGACGGUGCCGGCGAUGGUGAGGAUAUUGGAGGAUAGUUUGGGGAUGAAGGCAAAGAUGGAUGUGACCGACGUGACUGGAAACGUCGACUUUUCAUUCCCACAUGUGAAUAUCAGUUUGGCUCAGAAGGAGCUCGGGUAUAACCCGACAACCGAUUUGCAAUCCGGAUUACGGAAGUUCGUUAAAUGGUACUUGUGGUAUUACGGCAAACCAUCCGCCCACUUGAACCAGUUUUAA